GCAGUUCAAGUUUGCACUUACAACUGGUGUGGACGUACCAACACAGCAGUUAACCACGGCUGUACCGCCGUCAUCAACAGAAGUGAGCUCACCGCCACAGAAACCAUUAGCAGUGACAGAGGAAACCGUCAACUUUACAGGAUACCCAGAUGAAAUGAGGUAUCCUCCAUCUCCUGAGCUGCUUCCUGAUGGUGAGGAAUUGUAUCGCUAUGCGGACGUUGACGUGAGACGUUCUAUGAUGCCUAGUGAACUUGUACGAGAGAUCGUGGAAGCCAGGGUCUUAUAUUCAACAGGACUGCUGACCCUGAAAGGCUUUCGUAAGCUCAAGUCCCAGCUGAUUGAGCAGUAUGUAAGAAAUGCCACCUUGGUGGGAGAUCAGGAGGUUGACCUCGUCUUCCGGCAAAAGGCGGCUACGAAUGCUGCUGCAGUCAACGAAACCAUGUCACGGCCGCCUCAACGUGCACUGCUCGGCCUUCGGGAAGGCUGGCUGCCGUGGGAAAAGCAGAACCUGUUUGGUUCCUUGAUGAAGGUGAGGGCGACUGGCAUCUUCAGCAGCGUGUGCGUAUUUAACUGUGACAUUCGAAGUUGA